GGGUCAACAUAUAUAGACAUAUGCGGAUGCAUGUAUGGAUUUGCUGGGGAUUCAAUUGAUCUUGUGUAUGCGGUCACGACAUGCCCAACACCAUUUUCCUCUUCCACAUGAACUAGGUCGAAUAUAAUUGCGCACAAGAGAAAGUGGUUCAGAGCCGCACAAUGGACGGCCUCUAUCGCGUUGCCGGAGGCAUCGAGAACCACCAGCUCGUGGCUCUCGCCCUAUGCGCGGCUCUGCUAGCCUACGUGUAUACCGUCUUGAGUAGUCCUUUGGCAAAGAUCCCGGGCCCGUGGUACACCAAAUGGACUACGGCGGUGCUCAAGUAUAACAUGAUCAAGGGGAGACGGCCGAAAUGGGUUCACUCCCUACACGAGAAAUACGGCCCGCUGGUGCGCAUCGGCCCGGCCGAGGUCAGCGUGCAGGACCCGGAGGCGGUGCAGCAGAUGUACGCGAUCAAGGGCGAGUUCCUCAAGGGCCGGUUCUACAAGGACCUGCUGCCGGGCGAGUUCGAGAACGUCUUCUCCACCGCCGACGUCGACUACCACCGCCGCCUGCGCCGCCUGCUCGCCGCCGAGUUCUCCGAGUCCGGCCUCGCCGUCCACCGCCCGGCCGUCGACGCCAAGGUCCAACUCACGAUCCAGCGCAUGGCCGAGGAGAUGGAGGAGCGCGGCGUCGUCGACGUGUACCGCUGGUUCCUGUACAUGGCCACCGACGUGAUUGGCGAGCUCAGUUUUGGGUCUUCGUUCCAAAUGCUGGAAACUAAAGAGGAGAACCAAUACAUCCGCGACCUCAAGCUGGUCGGGUUCGCGGGCGGGGUGCGGUCGACGUUCCCGUUCCUGACGUGGGUGAACAAGUUCGUGCCGCUGCCGGUGCUCAGCGUGGGGACGAGCGUGCGGGAGCGGAUGCGGGGGUACGCGAGCGAGUCGCUGGCGCGGCACUACCGGCUGGCGGCCGGGGGGGAGGGCGCGGGCGCGGGUGCGGCGCGGCCGACGCUGCUGUCGAAGCUGUACCGCGCCGCGGGCGAGGACGCGCUGAGCUUCGGCGAGCUGCGCGAGAGCGCGACCGUCUACAUCACCGCCGGCAGCGACACCACCACCAACACGCUGACCUACCUCGUCUGGGCCGUCUGCGCCCGCCCCGACGUCCGCGCCCGCCUGCUCGCCGAGCUGCGCGCCCUGCCCCCCGCCUUCGAGGACCCGGACCUCCGCCGCCUCCCCUACCUCGACCGCCUCCUCACCGAGACCCUGCGCCUCUUCAGCGCCGCCCCCGCCGGCCUCCCCCGCCGCGUGCCCCCCGCCGGCGCCCGCCUCGCCGGCCGCUGGCUGCCCCCCGGCUGCACUGUCUCCGCCCAGGCCUACAGCAUGCACCGCGACCCCGCCGUCUACCCCGACCCGCUCCGCUUCGACCCCGACCGCUGGGAGAACCCGACGAGGGCCAUGAAGGACGCGUUCGUACCGUUUGGUGGUGGUAGUCGGAUCUGCAUCGGCCUGCACUUGGCCAAGAUGGAGCUGCGUCUCGCGACGGCACGCUUCUUUACGCGGUUUCCGAACGCGAAGAUCUCCACGAAGGAGGGAUUCUGCGAUGAGGAUAUGGAGGCCGACAUGUACUUCCUCAUGUCGCCCAAGAAGCACCGUUGCCUCAUCGAGGUUUAUUAGGGGCUGUCUAUAUAGCGAUCGCUCCGACUACACGGGCUCGGUGGCGAUGGCCUCACUGCUGGAACACAGAAAAAUAAAUUGCCCAAGGUGGGAUGCAAUAUUGUUUCUUCUCGCUAGCUAUUAGCUUGCAUAAUUUGGGAAAGGUGAGCAUGAGUUAGCGCAAGGAGUAUUCGUAUCUGUAAUAAUACAGACAUUUAUCGUAAUUUGAAGGUCGCUUCGUUAGCAUGUACCAACAUUAGAAGUGACAA